GCCCACUGCCCACUGCCCACUAAAAAACAUCAUUAACUAAAUGGAAUUCUGAAGUUUGUCGGCUUAGCUUACCGCCUUGAGACUUCCAUAGUUGCUUUUGCCAAAAUACACCUUAAUCCUUUUGCACGCUAUUCAUCGCUAUGCCGGAAAAAAAGACAGAAGUACCUCCUAAUGAAUCUAUCACUUUUAGCUCCGGGGUUCACGAUGGACCUCCCGACUUGAGACUUCUCCAUUACAAUGACGUCUAUCACGUCGACCAAUCCAGUAGCGAACCGGUAGGAGGUGCCGCUCGGUUCAUGUCACUCAUAAAACAUUAUGAGGAGAAUGAGAAAUUCAAGGAACAGCCAGAGUUGGUAACACUGUUCUCCGGUGACGCCUUCAAUCCGAGCUUAGAGAGUUCCGUUACGAAAGGUGAUCACAUGGUGCCUUUAUUGAACAACAUAGGGACAAAUGCUGCAGCAAUAGGAAAUCACGACCUUGACUUUGGAGUCACUCAAUUCAAGUACCUUUCCUCCAAGUGCAAGUUUCCAUGGCUCAUCGCAAACGUAUUGGAUCCCGCGCUAGGAGACUCGGUUCCUAUCGGAAAUUGCAAAAAGACUCAUAUGAUCACCUCCUCUAACGGCAUCAAGAUUGGGUUGAUUGGACUGGGCGAACGCGAAUGGUUGGCUACGAUUAACAGUCUACCUCCUAACCUCAUCUACAAAUCCGCCACCGAAACCGCAAAGGAGCUUGUUCCACAACUGCGAGCCGAGGGGGCCGACAUCGUCAUCGCUAUAACGCACAUGCGAGAGCCGAAUGAUAACAAGCUGGCUGAGCAGACCGAUGGAAUCAUUGACAUUAUUCUUGGGGGCCAUGACCACUACUAUAAUCAUAGCCUCAUAAAGGGAACGCAUGUCUUACGUUCAGGAACCGAUUUCAAGCAGCUGAGCUAUAUUGAAGCUAGGCGACGGACCGACGACUCAGGUAGAUGGGACUUCGAUAUUAUACGGCGAGACAUUACAUCUGCGAUCCCCGAGCAUCAGCCGACUGUUGAGCUGGUCGAAAAGCUGACUGCAAGUCUCAAAGCGACACUUCAGAAGCCUGUCGGCUACACUGCUGCACCCCUUGAUGCUAGAUUCCGGACGGUGAGGCUAAGGGAGAGCAACAUAGCUAAUUGGGUGUGCGACAUUAUGCGCCAUUACUACUCGGGCGACUGUAGCAUUAUCGCGUCAGGGACUGUCCGUGGCGACCAAGUCUAUCCUCCAGGACCGUUACUACUGAAAGAUAUUAUGAAUUGUUUCCCAUUCGAGGAUCCUGUCGUGGUGAUCAAGGUUACAGGCCAAGCUAUUUGGGACGCUUUGGAGAACGGUUUAUCACAAUACCCGGCUCUCGAGGGUCGUUUCCCGCAGGUCUCUAACAUUACUUUCCAAUUCGAUGGCCAAAAACCCACAGGGUCACGCAUAGUGACAGCGACGAUCGGCGGGGAGCCGAUAGACAUGGCCAGGAAGUAUGUACUGGUGACCCGAGGCUACAUGGCUCGCGGUAAGGAUGGCUACGAUAGCCUCUUGAUAGAGGAGGAGGGGGGUAAAGCUGAGGAGAUUGUCUCUGAAGAGAACGGAAUAUUAAUCUCGAUGAUGCUACGACAGUAUUUCAUGUCGCUCCGUGUGAUGGGACAAUGGAAAUAUUGGGGAAAGAACAUCGGUCGAUAUUGGGAAAAUGUCACGAGCAAGGUCAACGCAAACGUCAACGCAAGCCACACCCGGCACUUCCCAACUGCAACCUCUCCUCCUGUUAGUCCAACAGAGAGAAAAGAUGUCUCCGGUUGGGAUAACUGGACAGCGGAGAAGAUUCGAGAGCGGAAGACGUGUCAGCUUCCAGUCGACUCCGAGUCCGACGAAGACAACGACGGCGCGAAUAGAGGAUACAUCGGCGAUAUCGAGACGAUCGAUAAGGAGAUGCAGAUCAUGCGCCGGGUGUUCGCCAAAUGGGCGCGGAUUGCCAAGGUUGAGAGUCGUGUGGGCGAGGAACUUAGGGAAGGGGAAUUCGAGGUCGAUUGGACCAGAGCGAUUGCGCCGCGCGUCGAGGGGCGUAUCAUCUGCGUCGGGGGCGAGCAUGAAUUAGGGAGUUAGUUAGCAAUCCUUUUUGGUUUGAAGGAGUGGAACGGGGUGGUGGUGCAAUGACAUGACUUGAUGGCUAUGAUCGUAACGAUGUGAUGAUAUUCGGAGAAAAAAAGGUAAAAUAAAAUAUAGAUUUAUAGGGGGGACUCAUUUUAACGCUCGAUAAAAAAAA